AUCGAGCAUGCGCGUUAUAUGAAAGGAGUUCAAGAUUUUUUCUGCGCGUGUUGUUUUGCUGCUGCUUGUAGAAAAUGUCCCGCUAUUCGAGACCACCCAACACAUCUCUAUAUGUUCGCAAUGUCCCUGAUAACACAAGAACUGAAGAGUUGCGCUCCCUGUUUGGUAAAUAUGGUCCCUUGAAAGAUGUCUAUGUUCCAGUGGAUUAUUUCACACGUCGACCACGAGGCUUUGCAUAUAUCCAAUUUGAAGAUCCCAGGGAUGCUGAUGAUGCAUUGUAUCACCUAGACAGAACAAGAUUUUAUGGAAGAGAGCUGGAGAUCGAAUUCGCAAGAGGAGACAGGAAGUCUCCCAAUCAGAUGAAAUCCAGGGAGAGGUCCUCUGGUAAAAGAGGCAGCUCACCAUAUGGUGGAUACCGUGAUGAUUACGAUCGUGGUCGCAGGAGAAGAAGCCGGAGUCCAAGAUACCAUUCUAGGUCGCGUUCCAGAAGCCCAUAUCACUCAAGCCGGCAUCGAUCCAGAUCCAGGAGUCCUUACAACAACGAUAGCAGAAGGAGGUCUCGCAGCAGGAGCAGGGGAGGAAGAGACAGAAAGUCCUACAGUCGGUCCAGGAGUAGGUCAAGGUCAUACGAAAGACAGAGAAACCAAUCAACAAAAAGGUCAAAGUCAUACAGCAGGUCACCAUCACCUUUAAAAAGAGAUGUAUCCCCACGCAAGAGCCGUAGUCUCUCACCGAAUGGAGAGUGACAUUCAACAACCAUCAUGGUUAUAUAUAAGAGACUGCCAUGACAAAAGCGAUCAAGAACGACAGGAGCGAUUGGAACAAACACGGAAUAUAAACUGAUGUUUUUUUGCUACUUGUGCGGCAUUGUUAUGUAUCAGUGUGUGACUGGCUGAAGUGUUGCCAUUCAGAACAAUGGAUAUAUUGGUUGAGACUGUCUCAAUAUGUCCAAGAAUUAUAAAACAGGGAGUUUUACUGAGUGUCUAGGUCACCUGACAGGAAGUCACAAGUGACCCAUUGCAAUUGUUUUUGUCCAUCGUCGUUCGUCCAUAAAUAAAUUACAUUUUCAUCUUCUCAAUGACCAAUAGGCUCAAAGACCAGCUGUUGGACCAGUAGCAUGCUAGUAUAAAGGGCUUCCAAGUUUGUUCAGAAGAAUGACCUUGACCUACUGAAAGGUCACAGAGGUUGAAUACUUUAGAAUAUUUAAACAAUGACUACUCAAUAACCAAGAGGUAGAGGGUCAUAUUUGUUCAGUUGACAAAAAUUCAGGUCAGAAGUCGAGCAUAAGGCCAAACAAUGAGUCUACUGAGCAAAGGUCAAGGUCACAAGAUCAAAGUCAAAUUUUUUAUAGAUCUUUUUACCUUAAUCAUUUUAUGAUAUUAUGAGGUGAAGUUGGUCAAGAUUGAACAAGUGGUCAACUGAUCAAAUGUUUUUUAGUCACUGGGUCAAAGGACAAGGUCAAAUUUUGUUUUUAUUCACUGAUUAUGGGGGAUAUAUAGGCACAGGAUUAAAGUCUUGUUUACUCGUCUUCGUUCUCUUCUCCUUUAAAGGUCACUGGGGUUUUAUAUUUUAAAUGUUAGUUUUAGAGCAAAAAAAUCAUCUUUCAUUAUACAUAUCAGAACUCAGGUGACCACUUAUAAGGCCCCUAGGCCUCUGGUUAGGCUGUCAAGCUGCCCGAAAAAAUUCUUAUAUUCUUAGUUUUGCUAAAAUAACUUAAAAAAGUUUUGAUUCCAAGGAGGAAUGCUUAUAAAGCCCUGAUUUUUUUAAGGCAAUUCGUAAUUUUUUUAAAAAUCUCUACGCUACCAAUUUUGAAAGCGCAUUCAUAUUGAAUAUGUCUUAAUGUAGUUUGCAGUUCUUAUUCAGAUUAUGCAGUGAAAGGCAGUUGACCAGGGACUUGUUCGUUCAUGCAGACAAACUGAUUUGUCUGUUUUUAAAUGUAAUUUUUCAAGCAUAUAUCUUUACGGACCUUGCAGAUGUUAUUGCAGGCCUUGAUAGUCUUUGCCAUAGGUCAUCUGAAAACAACAAAAAAUCAACAGGUCUGUUCCUAUACUCUGGCCAAACUUGUCCAGUCGUUGGGACAGUGAUUAACAAAAACGGCCCAGUGGAGCCUUGUGUCAAGCUUGUUUAUUGGUUGUGACUUUGUGACAAAGAUGUGACUUUUUAGGUUUUAGCCUAUGAAUAGCUUAGACAAUGGAACCCAGCUGGAAGACACCUUUCCUGUACUUUUGUAAUUUUUGUGAGUUUCUUUAUUGUCAAAAAUGCCUUAAUUUAGUUAUACAAUUCCUAAAUUUAGCCCUAAAAUUUUGUAUUUUCAUCCGUAUUUCUUGUCAAAAAGUGCUGGAGAGUCUGCAUUAAGGAACAAAAUGACAGGUGUAGAAUCUUUUAACUUCUUAGCGUUUUACACUUAGUGAUUCUACUAAAGACUACAUGGUUGGAAUCUCUGUAACAAUUUUGAAAAAAAAAUUGUGUGCUUAUUAUUAAAUAGUUAAUUACUGCUUCUGAAGAAAA